GCGGAGGCCGUGGCUACGACGGGGCUGGCGAUGGCGGCCGAGGCCGUGGCUAUCAGCAGGGCGGCAACGACUACGGCGGCGGCCGCGGUGGCAACAACUACGGCGGCCGCGGCGGCAGAGGAGGAAGAGGCCAGAAGCAACCUCCCCCCGUCUUCCCCCAAGCGGGGCCUCUCCUCUCCGAGCGCUACCACGCAGAGGCGGCCCAGCUCCGGGAGAAAUUCCAGGCGAUGGACAUCAGCCGUGCCGAGCCGACGUUCCCCGCGCGCCCCGGGUUCGGCACCACCGGGCAGGUGUGCCUGGUGAGGGCCAACCACUUCUUCGUCGGCCUCGUGGACAAGGGCCUGCACCAAUACGACGUGAGCAUCUCGCCGGAGCCGAAGAUGAAGGGCGUUUUCCGAGCUGUCAUGUCCCGUCUCGUGACGGAGCACCAGGAUACCACUCUCGGCGGUCGCCUCCCCGCUUACGACGGCCGCAAGAACCUGUACACCGCCGGUGAACUGCCCUUCAACACCAAGGAGUUCGAGGUCACCUUGCCUGACAAAAAUCCUGGUCCACCUGGGCAAAGGAGGGAGAGGCAGUUCAAGGUGACCAUCAAGCACGCCACCCUGGUCAGCCUGCAGCAGCUGCAGAUGCUCAUGGCCGGGAUCUCCACCGACAUACCGGCGCAGGCGCUACAGGUGCUAGACAUUGUGUUGCGCGACAUCGUACUCAACGAACAAGACGACAUGGGGAUCGUCCCGGUAGGCCGGUCUUUCUUCUCGCGGACCAUCAAUGAACCAAUCCCCUUAGGCAAGGGCAUCGAAGGAUGGAACGGGUUCUAUCAGAGCAUCAGACCUACGCAGAGUGGAUUGUCCCUCAACAUUGACAUGUCUUCGACUGCUUUCGUUCGAGGUGGGUCACUGAUUGAUUUCAUCAAGGAUGUUCUUAACUGGAGAGGUCCCAUUCGCGCCAUCAAUGAAUUUGAUCAUGUGAAGAUUAAGAAGGCCCUCAGGGGUCUGAGGGUUGAGGUCACCCACCGAGGAGAGGUGCGCAGGAAAUACCGCAUCGCUGGCUUGACAAAGGAUACUGCCAGAGAUUUGAGGUUCAAAUUAUCGACCGGCGAAACCAAGACUGUGAGGGACUACUUUCAAGAAACAUAUAAGCUGCAACUGAAUUACGAUUUUCUCCCAUGCCUGCAAGUUGGUACAGAGCAGAAACCCAACUAUCUUCCAUUAGAGGUCUGCAAUAUAGUUCCAGGACAGCGGUACCAAAAGAAGCUGGAUGACAGCCAGGUUUCUAAUAUAAUGAGGAUAGCCUGCCAGAAUCCAGGUGGACGCGAGACCUCCAUUCGCGAGUCUGUUCUGAAGAACAAAUAUAACAGUGCCAAACGUGCAAAUGAGUUCGGUAUAGAAGUUGACAACAACGCAACUUCUGUUCAGGCUAGAGUUCUGCCUGCUCCAGUGCUGAGCUAUCAUGGUUCUGCGUCUUGCUACCCAGAAAAAGGGGCGUGGAACAUGAAAGGCAAGAAAGUCAUAAAUGGUGCCAAGGUUGGUCUUUGGGCAUGUGUAAACUUUUGCACUGAUUUGUCUGAGGAUCAAGUUCGUAACUUCUGCCGUGGACUGAUUGAAGUGUCCACUGCAACUGGAGUGAACUUCAACGAUGCAAAACUUCAGAUAUUCUAUGCUCGUUCAGAUCAAGUUGAAGCCAGACUCCAUGAAGUACACCAGCAAGCGGGGAAACUCAAGAUUGACCUCGUACUUGCUAUAUUGCCAGAUAAAAAUGGCAGCCUAUAUGGUAAUAUGUCUUGUCGCAGAUUUGAUUUCAUCAUGACAUAUCCGCCUGAUGUCAUUUUUACCACAGGUGAUAUUAAAAGGAUUUGUGAAACAGACAUUGGUCUGAUGUCGCAGUGUUGUCUACAUAAAAAUGUCUUGAAAUCAAAUACUCAGUUUCUUGCAAAUGUUGCUCUUAAGAUCAAUGCCAAGUGUGGGGGGAGGAACUCGGUAUUUGCUGAUCUAAAACUAAGUUUACCAGUUGUUUGUGAAAAGCCAACGAUUAUCUUCGGUGCUGAUGUUACUCAUCCUAGUGCUCUAGAUGAUACUGCCCCGUCCAUUGCUUCUGUUGUUGCCUCCCAAGACUGGCCUCAGGUGACCAAGUAUCAUGGUGAUGUUCACGAACAAGGUCACCGCGUAGAGCGCAUUGAAGGCCUUGAGGGCAUUGCUAAGAAGCUCCUCCUUUCAUUCGAACAGCAUUCCAAGCACAAGCCCCAGCAGCUGAUAUUCUAUAGGGAUGGCGUAAGUGAGGGUCAGUUCAGAAUGGUUUUGGAGAAUGAGAUCCCGGAGAUAGAAAAGGCAUGGAAGGCGUUAUACAAUGUGAAGCCGCCAAUUACCUUCAUAGUGGUGCAGAAGAGGCACCAUACAAGACUGUUCCCAAGUGAUGGCAAAUAUCAGGACGACAGUGGAAAUGUUAUGCCAGGCACAGUGGUUGAUAGGCAGAUCUGCCACCCAACAGAGUUUGAUUUCUUCCUCUGUAGCCAUGCUGGGAUCAAGGGAACAAGCCGUCCUGCGCAUUACCACGUGCUGCGAGAUGACAACAACUUCAGUGCUGAUGACCUGCAGUCUCUUACAAACAACCUGUGCUACACGUAUGCAAGCUGCACUCGCUCCGUGUCGACUGCUCCUCCUGCGUACUACGCUCAUAAGCUUGCGUUUCGUGCGCGAUUCUACCUAGCCCAAGUCCCAGACAUGGCGUCGGAGAUAAGCGCCGGCAGUGCAGCUUCUUCAUUGACGCUUCCUGCUAUAAAAGAUGAGCUCAAAAGCCACAUGUUCUACUGCUAGUCCCUACAGACAUGAACGAAGCCUGAAGCCUGGAGAAGAACAUUUAAGAUUUUAUUUUGUUUCUGUUGGUUUAAUGAACAUGGGACAAUCUCUAGUGUCUUUAAUAUUUCCAGUGACUGAGAAUUAUUCGUUUAUGCAAGGAUAUGAAUGGAAAUUUUAUAUGUCCUGCUAUUUCAAGUGA